AUGGAUUCCGGAUCAAAAUUGAUGGUGGUGGCAGCUUUCCUGCUCUUAACCAUUUCGAGCUUCCUUGUCGUCGACGCGAGGCUUGCAGACACGAGCAUCGUCAGGGGACCGGAUUGUAUCGGUAAGUCAGAGGAUCAAGAGUACAACGGCAAAGUGGCUCGUCUCAUCAACAUAUUCGUCGACGAGACGAAAAAUGUGCAGCGCAGCCAUCACAGCGAUUACAGUUACGUUCACAGCUACCCGAAUCGUGACAACGGCUCGGUCAUCGGAGGCGCUACCUGCGACAGGCACCUUUGGAAGCUGGAUUGUUGGGCGUGUUUGGUCACUGCUAAGAACAAACUCAAGAGCAAUUGCGAGCAUACCCUUGAUGCUAGGCUCGAAUUGGCAGAUUGUUCCAUCUGGUACAAAAUGAUCCAAUAA